AUGGGGACGACAAUUCCGGAUUCUCUCGUCAUCGAAACACUUCAGUCCCAGGAAGUGACGGCGUGCGAACUUGAAGACUCUCAUUUCCAACUCCCCAUUCGGAGCUCGCAUGGCAAAAUGUAUCCAGUGAUCUUCGAGGAAGAGAUCCUGAGGUCUAAAGGAAGUACGGUCCGUGCGGACGUGGACAACAAUGACUUGACAGGCUCAUGGGAGAAGAUUAAUAUAUCCUUCCAUCACCAACCUCACCAUUUUAGUGAAGGAGAGAGUAUACCAAGUAAAAGAGCCUCAUGGCCUCUUAUGGAGGACCACGACAAGUUCUACGACAACAUCAUCGCGGGAGAUUUUGCGGCCAUCGAAGCAGCACUAGAUGUCCACACCAACCUUGAGCGUGAGAAUGACGAUGGCAUUACACCGUUGGUUCUUUCAAUAAUACACUCACAGUUUGAUAUCAUCCGCCUGCUCCUCGAGAAGGGUGCCGAAGUUGACCAUCCAGUUGACGGAGUACCACCAAUCGUGCACGCCGUAGAGAACGCCAACAAAGGGCCGCGAGUCAUGCAACUGCUCAUGGAUCAUGGCGCUGAUCCACGGAUAGUUUCAGGGCGGGACAAUUUGAAUGCUCUGCAUUGGGCCACCGUAUUCGACACGGUUGAUGCUGUAAACUUCUUGGCCGGUAUCGGCCUAGACUUGAACAGCAUUUGUUCGAUGGGAAGAACACCGCUGACAUUGGCUGCUGAGAGGGGACACACUACUAUUGUGAAGUUGCUCUUAGCCAAGGGUGCCGAGCUUGCAAAGCAGAGUUAUAACGGUGGCACAGCCUUGACCUGGGCGGCUAAUUAUGGUCAUCUGGAUACCGUCAAGUAUCUGCUGGAAGAGGGUCUGGAUGUCAACCACUUGGACAGCGCAGGUCUUACCGCACUUUGGGUUGCAAGCAACGCCGGUCACGUCCAAACCGUAGAGUUCCUCAUCUCCAAGGGCGCAGACAUCAACUGUGUGAGCAUUGAUCCAAAGGGCAUCACACCUGUCUCUACAUCAGCUCGUUCAGGUCGCACUGAUGUAGUUCGUGCUCUGCUUCGGAAUGGUGCCGAUCUUGAACUUCCUGACCAUGCUGGAAUCAGAACGCUGGAAGCAACAAUGACGGCCGGCCAUAUGGACACGGUCAAAGUCCUAUUGGAAGAUCUUGGAAGCCCCGGAUAUCCAAAAGACAGCCUAGCAUUGCAGAUAGCAAUGGCAGAUACACGCAAUUGUGCGGUGUCGCUGAUGGCUGCAUGCUCUCUCGUGUUCCCACAUGUUCAACCACGACCCAAGGAGCAGGGGGAUGUUGCCUGGAUAGAUUGGGUGUUGCAGCUAGGUGGGAAUUUGGUGAGACCAAAGGCCAUAUCCAUCAUGUUGCACGUAGCACUCACAAGUCAGGAUGGGAAAGUAGUAGAAGAGCUGCUUCGCCUAGGUGCUGAUCCAAACAUGUUCCUACCUGGGAGACGUGGUCAAACGCCACUAGCAAUCGCUAUCGGGCUAUGUGACAUCGAUCUCGUUGGCAAACUACUCAUGCAUGGGGCCGAUCCUGUUGGUCGUGUAGACCGAUACGCUGAAGAUGACGAAACUGCAUUGCAACAAGCUGUUGUUGUGAUGGGGGACGGCAAAGACAUUCACGACAAGGCAGCGAUAGUCAAUCUCCUGCUAACCGACAAACGUUGCAAAGUUAAUCAAGGAGAGAGCACCCGCUACACCGCGUUUUCAAUGACACUCCGUCAAGCCGGUGACUGGGAAGAUGGAAUUGUAAAGGACUUGGCACUUCGCAUGGCCGAUGUCAGUUCGGAUGUCAAUAGCGAAAGAACAAGCACUGGCUCUACACUGAUGCAUGUCGCUGUCAAUCGCAAGUGUCGAGGCAUGAUCGAUGUCCUCUUAGCGAAGGGUGCAGAUAUCAAUGCGAAGGAUGACAUGGGACUGACUCCGUUUCUUUGCAUCUGCUUCAGCUCUACGACGAUGCUUCCCUUCCUUGUGGAGCGAGGUGCAGACCCGUCUGCAAAAGACGAGCAAGGUCACUCGGGACUGCAUAUUGCUUCCAUGACUGGCAGAAUUGAGAAUAUGCAAUACCUGCUCGACAUCGGGCUGAACAUUGAAGACACUACUUCAGACGGCCACACUCCCCUCCUCACAGCCCUCACCUCGGAUCAAGAAGAUGCCGCCCUAUGGCUCAUAGACCACGGCGCCUCAACAAGCAUCACAUCCUGCCACGGACAACGAACAAUCCUCCACCACGCCGCACGCCGCCACAUGAACCGCGUCGUCGCCUCCCUCCUCUCCACCACCCACUCGACCAACCACUCGGCCACCAUCAACCUCCGCGACGACAUGGGCCAAACCCCCCUCUCACUCGCCUGCUCAACCACCGACUCCCAAGCCCUCGCCCGCUCCCCCCACGCCCUCCACGCCCUCCUCUCCACCCUCCUCUCCCACGGCGCCGACCCCCAAUCCCAAGACAAUACAUCCACCACCCCGCUCCACCACGCCCUCCGCACCGCAAACGACCCCGCAGCCCUCCUGCUCCUCACCUCCACACCCAACCUAUCCCUCCCCACCGCAGACGGCACCACACUCUUACACCUCGCCGCAAAACACCGCUGCAUCCGCUGCACACGCUUCCUCCUCUCCCACGGCGCAAACAUCGACGCCCGCGACGCCAACGGCGCUACACCCCUAUCCACUUGUGCCUGUACGCUCAGCGCCGUGCUCCUCCUCGAUGCGGGCGCAGAUAUCGAGCAUAGGGAUGACAGGGGCUGGACGCCGUUGCGGUCUGCGCUUGAAUCGGGCUGUUUGCGCAUGUUUGACGUCUUGUUGCAGCGGGGCGCAGAUUUGGGGGCGAGGGAGGUGGAGGAGAUGGGCGGAUUGGAUGUCUUGGGGAGGGUGAGGAGGGUGGGGUGGGAGGAUGGGCGGAGGAUACAGGUGUAUUUGGGGGUGUUGGCGGGGGUUAGGGAGGAUGCGAGGGUGGAGGGGGCGGGGAGGGGGCGGGGAAAGAGUUUGUUUGGGGUUGGGGAGGUGGUAGGGUAA